CAGUUGCCUUUGGUGAAUCGUGUCGUGAAGAAGGUGUCUUGGCACUUAGCUCGCCUUCCCCUUCUUCGUAUUGUAAACCGCAGAUAGCGAUUUGCUGGGACAACAUUUCGGCGUACCAGGGUGAGUGUGGAUUCCCGUGAUAAAAAAAAACAAGUGCAUUCGAGAAUGGCAUUGUUGGUGGGGCAGGAACAAGACCAGUUUAGAAAUGCAGAAUUCGUCUCGGAGGGAAGAGUGAUCUGAGUAAGUGUAAAUAUAAUUAAAUCAAAUCAAGAACGCCUGGUGUAAAAUGUCUCCCAUGAAAGCCUCGUAGAGCAGCUCGAAUCAGUGACAGUAGCGGAAUAUAUAUAGUGUGAAUUUAUUGCCUUUUUUGUGUAAAUUAUUGUGAUCAGAGCCGUGAGCAACCAUGCUCUCCCGCAUCAAGAAGAGAGUCGAAAAUCGCAAGAGUGACCGGAAGGUCAAUUUCCAGUGCGACCCAGCCACAGACCCGCCAGAUUCUUCGUCCUCUUCAUCAUCGGCAUCUUCUCCGACUGCUGCUGCUGCUGCUGCUGCAGGCAGCGUCCAGAAUGGCAGCGUCGACAGCUGCGGUGUUGGUGGUGUCACUGCAACUUCACCUUCUCCUGCUGCGCCUUCCACAGGAUCCAAUAGCGGCAGCGGCGGAUCCGACCCGAAGGAAAGAUUGGGCGUCGACGCUCAUCAGAAAGAAAGCACCGACGUUGAAAGCGGGAUGGAGGUAGGCGUGGCCUCGUACACUUCGGGUCCAGUGGGGGGAUCCCCCGACCGGGCAAGGGGGCCUCCAAGGGCGAAUUUGCACGUGGAGUUCGCGCAGUUGGGAGAGGUGAAGGAACGCAAGGAGAAAUACCUCACGGCCAAGUAUGGCGCCCAUCAAAUGUCCCUCAUCAGGAAACGACUCGGGGUGGAGAUGUGGAUGUUCGACCAACUACAGUCUCUUUAUCCAACGCCGGAAGGGAAACACGAAGAAAAGGAAUUGGAUCUUGACGAACUACUCGACAUAGAGGGCGAAUUAAAACGCAAAAAAUUUUUAUGGGACAGUUUGGCUGAUUGCAAACAAUCAAAGGAUAAAGUUGAGAAAUUUAUUGAUGAACUACUAGAACGAGCAACCACCCUGUAAAGAAGUGAGAUAGCUAAUUUGUGUGUUCCAUGUGUACUCACGGCUCCAUCUACAUCUGAGGUCUUGUUUACCAGAGACUCAAAGGAACUGUAAUGGCUGUUGUCUGGUGUGCUCCUUGGCUCUUAUCGUGAAGUGUGUAGAAAUGAUGUUAAAAGCAGUAUUUCAGAGUGAAUAUUUAUAUAUAUACAAGAUAUAUAUACAUUGGUCUAUAUAUAUCUACUUAUAUAUACCUUUGCUUAAGGGCGACUCAAUGUGAUGCUGGUUGUUGUCAAUGUCAUCAUCGCCCGAGACUGAUAUAGAUUUUGGCAGUCUUGGAGUCAGAGCGGUUUUGAAUUAAGCUCCUCCUCAAAAAGAGGAAGAGGCUGAAGAAGCUGGAUUCACAAUGAAGGGAAGACUUGGCAAGAUGGUGUCCUUGCAACUGCUUAUUCAGGGAAAUGUAGGAGAGAAUGAAGAAAGGAAUGUUUAUCAAGCCCUCCAAUGGAAACAGUUAGCAGGAAUCAUAAGCGAAUAGAGAUAUCAUGGCCCAGUCUUGCUCAUUAAUGACUUGUUCAGCUGUGUACUGAUAUCAGAAAUUGUUGAUGGUAUGGGCCAUCAGUGAGUAUGUAAUGUAAUUGAUUUUAAUACUUUUCUAUUACAUAUAUAGUAUAUAUAUAUAUAUUAUUUGUUUUUUCUUAUUUGAUGUGCAACAGGCACAUCCUGCUAAACUUAAUACUUUUUUGAGCAUUUGAAUAUGAGAAACUUGAAGCAGACUUUAGUAUUGGGAAGAUGGUGUAGACUGCUAAUUAUUAGAAGAAUUUAGGUAUUACAGUAUAGGCAAAGUAGCUAGUCUCUGGCAUUAACGCAACAAAACAAUCUCAUCUGUUACUAAUACUGAUCUUGGUAAUAUUCCUUAGUACACAUUUUCAAUUUGUAUGAGAUGCGUCAAAUUCGUUGAAACUACCGGUUUUUCUAGUUAAGAGACUGAAUCAGCAAAAUUGCUAAAAUGUGUUUAUAGUUUGGAAAAGAUUGUUUGAAUUAGAAAUCACUUCCACAGUAUUUUGUUACAAUAUGGCAACUAUGAGCACUUUUGAUUAUUUUGCAGAAAUACAUAUGGAUUUUUUAUAGAAAUGGUUGUAGCAAUCAUCCAUUGGUAACUCCUUGUUUCAAACCUUAUGUGUCCGGAGGAAAGAAUUCUUCAACUGUAGCACUUCCUUACAUUGGUGCUUCUCUGUCAUGUGAAAAGGAACCUCAUUUUAUCUUUGCUGAAAGUUAGUACAAGAACUUUAGGUAAGUUUCAGCUCAUACUUUUUGUCUUUAUUAUUGUCAGUGAUACUUCACUGAUGUAGGCAUUCGUCCUGUUUUUGGUUAUUUUCUGAUGUCUUAGUUUUAUGUAUUAAUCUUUACUGCUACUAGAGAGUAGUAUGUAUUGUUUGCAUUUAUUGUCACUUGUUUGUUACAGAUUUUGUUGAAGAUACAGUCAUGUUUAUUUUGCCAUUAUUGAAGCUGGACAGCUGUUUUAAUUUUAAUUGUUAUUUAAUGCUGUUGGCAAUCCACCGUACACAUUUUAUACCAAGUAGGCUAUAUUUUGUCUUCAUAAGUUGCAAUCAAGAUUUGAUAUAUGCUUAGAAAUGUACUGGAAAUAACACCCAAAUACAACAGUUGAAUCUACACGUCCUUUUAUGGUGAAAUUCCAGCACAAAUAUCUUCAGGAUCCCCCCUUCCCCCUUCUUACACCCGAACUCCCUUAUACUGUGCUCCUAGCCAUAUAUGUGUGUGUGGCUGAGUACCAAAGUAAUGUAGUGAGGCUUGUAUGAUGAUAAUCUUAAUAAUAAUGAGAUUAGUAGAUCUGUAGCAUUAGUAAGCGACAAUGAUGCUGUCAUUUUCAUACAGUUACUUGAGGCUGCCAUUUAGAAUCAUUAUACUAUAUCUGUAUACAAGGAUCAAAAUGCUGGAUAAGGCUUGAACUGAAAAGAUUGCAAGGGAAAUGAUAUCAAAAAAUAUAUAUAAAUAAAUAUAUAUAUAUAUUUUGAGACAUAUAUGUCAAUGUAGUUAACCUUAUUCUCCUUUUAUACAAUGCAGAGGAAAAGCAGCUUUAUUGACAUUAUAUUCUAGUCUCAGAAUCCCUUUUCAUUCAGAUAAAACUUGUCUCUCACUUGGGUUGUCAUUUCCUGCCCUGUGAAAGAAAGCCAUUUCACAUGGAUACGUUUGUUUACGAUGAUUUUGUUAAAAGGUUUGGAAGAAAAAUCACUGUAUGUAUAUCGUAGACGUUAAGGAAGUUUUUACUAUGUUGUGAUGUACUAAAACAUAAAAUGCUAUUGUAAGGAUCUCAUUUUAUGCCUCCAAUUUUAUAAGGUAAACAUACAUUAAUAUGUUUCCUUUGUGUUUUCAUAGUACACUAUUGCAUAAAAUGUUUGCAAAAAAAAGAAUUUAAAAGAAUUUUGUAUGCUUUUUGUACAUGCUAAAAAUGGGUAUUAUUUGCAAUUUACAAUUUGUUGCAUUUGCAUUUUGAUAAUAUUGAUUGACAAUAAGAAUUCAAACAUGUAGUAGAGAACCAAAUAUGCUAAAUAUGUUUAUGAAUCAGUAUACUACAGUUGCUUGAAUAGAGGCACUAAGUUUCUUUACAGAUUUGUUUAACAGUGUAUUGUGAGUACUGUGUAUGAAAUUUUUACUUUUGUGCAUGAACAAUGUUACAUUGCAUUACGGGUUUUCAACCCAGAUUUUGAGAGAGACAAUAAAGUUGAUAAACAUGUAA